AUGCCAGCAGCCCAUAGAGAGGCUGCGCUGAGCAGCCCAGCAUUUGAACACAACGCGGCGAUAGAUGUAUUGUGGGGGGACUUCUCUGUGUUCUCUCAUUUGUUGGGGGGAGUGGGAUCGGAGGCGGGGUCUGCUGCAGCAGCAGCAGCAGCAGCAGCUGCUGCGGCUGCCGGCACAGGUGCUGCUGCGCUGCCCGCACCCGGAAUGUCUGCUGCAGCGGCAGCAACUGGUGCUGCUGCUGCUGCUGCGCAGCCGCCAUCGGCAAGGACAUCCAGCAGCAGAACAAACUCCACUGCUGCAGCAAAGGCAGCAGCAGCGCAGCUGCAGCCGCCCUCCAGUGUAGCGCUGCCCGUAGUGCCGCCCCCCUCACUUCAAUGGACCUUGUGGCAGCUGCAGACAACUAUCGAUUCUAUCUUAGUCGGCAGGGAUUCGGCAGCAGAUAAGCCGGCCGAAGCAGCAGCAGCGGCAGCAAGCAAUAGCAGCAGCAGCGAGUCGCAGCAGCAGCAGCAGCAGCAGCAGCCGGACAGGGAGACGGGGGAGACGGCGCUGCUGCAGCAGAUGGCUACGUCUUUCGGUGUCUCUUCAGCUCAUCCCCGCAGCACAGAGAUGUCUCUCCUUGAAGCCUCUCUUAAGAUGGUGGAGGCUCUUCUGUCUCCUGAGGGCCUGGCUUCAGCAGCAGGCCAAACCGCCAAGCAUGCGAAGGCCCUGCAGGAGUUCCUCACGGGGGGCACAGCAGAGCGCGCGGCGCUCGCUAUCAUGCAUGCAGCAGCUAUGGCGCUGGACGCACAUCCUAAGCAGCAGCAACAGCAGCAGCAGCAGCAGCAGCAGCUUCCAGUGACGGAGGCGCAGCAGCUGCUUGACGUAGCAGGGGAUCUGCUGUACGCAGUCGCUGCAGCCCUGCAGUGCAGCAGCAGCGGGAGCGUGAAAGGAGCUACCGGAGCAGCAGCAGCAGCAGCAACAACAGCAGCAGCAGCACCGGCAGCAGGGAAUAGGAUGCGCAGCAGACUGCAACGGGCCAUGGCCUGGUUAAUGCUGCUGCAGCGGCACUCGGCAGCAGCAAGGGGAGAGCUGCCAGCAGCAACUGCUGCUGCACCAGCAGCUGCCACAGACGAUGCAGCAGCACAUGUAGAUAGAGGGGAGGGAUCUGCUGCUGCUUUGAGCGCGCUCUUUUUGCUGCUUGACGACUUGGAUCCCCAGCAGCAGCAACAGAAGCAGCAGGAGCAGCAGCAGAAGCAACAGCAGCAGCAAGAGAAGGAGCAGCAAGAAGGAGAACAGGACCUGCUGCCGUCUUUGGAUUACCUGCGGUCUCAGGCUGUUGCUGCAGUGCUUGCUGAGGGCCUUGAGGUGCACGAGUUGCUGCAGUCUGAUCCGCGCGCAGCGUCUCUCUUUUCGGGUUCAUUCGCUGCGUCGCAGCAGAAGCAGCAGCAGCAGCAGCAGCAGAAGCAGCAGCAGGAGAAGCAGCAGCAGCAGCCGCAGGAGAAGAAAUGGGGGCAGGAUUGUGUGUCGCUUGAAGCGGUCUCGUCUGGGGCUCUGAGGGCUGAGGUGGAGGCUUCGCUUCUUGCUGCUGUUGCUGCAGCACAGCAGCAGCUGGAUGCUGUAUCUAGGCGGGUGCAUGCAGAGAUUCACGAGCGCACGGUGGCAGCAGCAGCAGCUGCAACAGCUGCUGCUGCAGGUGUAGAUGAUGAGCAGCAGCAGCAGCAGCAGCAAUGCCCGCAGACGAGUAUUUUGAGUGCAGAAACACAAGAAGAGGUGCUUCGCCUCAUUCAGGCUUUUGUUCCUUUCUUCUCUCGGGUGUCUAGGCAGCUCUCACUACUAGCUGCGUCGCAGGUGGAGUUGAACUCUUCAUAUAUUCCCGCGGCUAUAGAGAUUCCCCCGGCUGUGCAUGCAUUUAUUUUGGGGCUUAUUUCUCUCUAUGGAGAUAUAUUUGCUGUUUUAGCUCUUCGAUCUGCACGAUCCCUAGAUGAUUGUGUCUUUCCUUUUGCUGCUGUUACUGCAGCAGCAGCAGCAGCAGAAACAGCAGCAAAGACGCUGCGCGGCUGCCCCUUUCCGUCUGCUGAGCUCAAAGAUGAAUUCGUGUUGGGGGUUGUCGCCUCCCUGCCGGUGCUGCUCUCCUCUCUGCAGGCCUUCAGGAUAUUCCUUAACGAGACCCCAGAGCCUCCUCCUGCUGCUGCUGCAACCUUGCCAGCAGCAGCAACAGCAGCAGCAGCAGCAGCAGCUGGUGGAGAAGCAGGCACAUCUCCAGAUUCCCCUGAAACGCAGCGACAGCAGGUUCCACAGCAGCAGCAGCAGCAGCAGCAGGCACAUCUCCAGAUUCCCCUGAAACGCAGCGACAGCAGGUUCCACAGCAGCAGCAGCAGCAGCAGCAUUCGGUUGCUGCUGCUGCUGCAGUGUCUACUGCAGAGCUUCUAG